AAGGUUAAAGGGUAACAAGAAAUUGAACUUUACCCGCGUGAUCUUUUUCCCGCUGACCUGAUGACCUGAGGAUAAAUCCACUUGUUUGGGUUCGGAAUGGAAAUGAACCAUUUUGAUAGAGAAAAGAAAAGAAAAAAGAGAGAAAGCGGAGAGUCUGCGCAUGCGCAUGCGCAAAUGCGAUUCUCCAGCUGCGGUUAAUUCAAUUUCGACGCUUUCCCGGUUACUAGGAUUCGGUUUCUCAGUUGACUAAAAGCCCGCUCACUGUUAACAACUCAUUUCUAGAUUUGUUUAUGUGCUACCUGUUGAUAUUAUUUAUUCAAUUAUGGAUAUUCCUAAAACACCAGCACUUAAUUCCCGUCUUGUGCUUAAUUGUUCAUCUAAUUUUACCUCUGUUCGGGUUGAGAAAUCUUCUCCUGAAAGUGAAAAUUGUCAAGUUCCAAGGUUCCUGUUACAAUCUAUUCCUGAAUUGACCAAGCAUUUUACCCUUCGAGAGAAAAUUGGAGAAGGAACUUUCUCCAAAGUCUAUCGGGCCAAAUUAAUCAAAGAUCCAACUAAAGAAUAUGCUUUGAAAUGUAUUGUCCCGACAAUGAAAUGGGAUAGAGUAGCUGAUGAGCUUAGAUAUUUACGAGACCUUGGUGGGGAUUCUAACGUUAUCGGUGUUAAAACUUGCCUAUUUGGCAAUGGGUUCAGUGUUAUUGUGAUGCCCUAUUUUCGACAUGAUAGAUUUGUUGAUAUACUCAAAGAUAUGACUUCCUGUGAGAUUCGUGAUUACAUGAAAAAUCUAUUCAUCGCCCUGGAGAAAGUGCAUAAACAUGGUAUCAUCCAUCGUGACAUUAAACCAAGCAACUUUUUGUUCAAUAGAAAAUUAAAAUUAUAUGGACUGGUAGAUUUUGGACUUGCUGAGGAUGAAAAGUAUCUGAGAAAACAAGCAAUCAGUGCUCAAGUAUCACAAUUCCAUCAAAUUGCUCCCAAAAAUAACAAUACAAGAGCCGUUUUUAAAGAUUUGACCAGGACAAAUACCAAUCUUGCUCUUUUAGGUAAAGAUAUGAAUAAAAAUCCUUUAAUGGUUAAGAAAAGGACUUACGAAGCAAUGACCACAAGCCCAGCUGAUGCUAACAUCAUAACAAAAAAGAUCAAAGUCGAUAGAAUGAAUGGUAAUCACGGAAAUUUAAGUGCAGUAAAAGACUCUAAUCAAUUAAAUCAUCACCACCAAAAUAAUACAUUAAUCAUUCCUGAAACACCACCAAAAAAUAUCAUUGAACCAAAUAGGAUUGAAAUGAAGACACCAAAGUUAAUGUUAAAACCUUCAUCCAUCUCUAAUCCAUGUGCUUGUUACAGUAAAGAUCAAAUUUGUAAUAAUUGUUCAAACAGAGCUGAUCUGGCCGCUCCUAGAGCGGGUACUAGAGGAUUCCGAGCACCCGAGGUUUUAUUGAAACAUCUUCAGCAAACAACAGCCAUCGAUGUUUGGUCGGCCGGUGUAAUAAUGGCCUGUCUUUUGUCCCGUCGUUAUCCUUUUUUCAGCACAUUUUCCGAUGAUAUGACUGCUCUCGCUCAAAUGAUCACCAUUCUAGGAAGUAAAAGAGUUUGCAAGGCGGCACGUGAAUUAAAUCGAACCAUUACUCUAAGUCCAAAGAAAAUUCCACCUCUCGAUUUGAAAAUUUUAUGCUGUCAACUUCAAGGCAAUAAUAGAUUAGAAAUCGACGAUUCAGCAUUUGAUCUGUUAAAUCGUCUUCUCGAACCUAAUCCGAAAAGACGAUUAACAGCAUCUGAGGCUCUCAAACACCCAUUCAUUGUUCAACGAAGUUAAUAUCUAUGUGAUUAUUUCUUUCUCUUUCAUCACCCCCUCUCUCUCUCUCUUUCUCUCUCGCUCUUUCACUUGCUUCUUUUUUUCUGCUGAUUAGAAUAUAUCUUUUCAAUAUUUCUCAUCAUUUUGUGUAGUCAUCAUAUCAUUAUUUCCAAAUAUGUGUCAAUAUUUAUCAUCUUAUUCUCCUCCUUGACAAAUAAUUAAAUGGAAUAUGAUUUACUUUGAACGAAAAACAAAAGUUAACUCUAAUCCACAGAUCCAAAAAAAGAGGCUCCAUUAAUCCCCAAAUAAGAGAUGAUCUCAAUCCAAUCAACUGGUAACGGAUUUGAUUCCAAACACAUCUUUACCUAAAUUAAUAACUUUCAUCUAAAACAAACAAUUCCUCUUCCAUCCAUUGACCGAUAACAGUUAUUAAUAAUAUAAUCAUCCAAAACAACAA